AAAAAUCAAGGAAUAAUAAAACGAAAUCGGGCAAAUGAUGGUAAACAAAAAAUCUGAUGGCGGACUUCAAAGGAGUUGAAUACUAGAAUUUCGUUAAAUUGCGUGUUGAAUCGUAUUUGUGAUUCUCGAUGUGAUUAUCGUUCACAAUGGAGAGCGUGAAAUCUGAAAAUGAGUCGGAAUUAACAUCGACGGUAGGAAAUACUAUGUCAACGUCCAAUAAAGAUGAAAAAAACGACACAAAUGAUGCUACACCAACAUCAUCGACCGAUGCUAGCACCGCUUCUACGGCUUCAAGAAUGGUUUCAGAUGACCCCAUAAGCAGCACUUCUUCAGACACAAAUGAAAAGUCCUCUUCAAGCAUAAACCAAAUAUCUGUAGAUGAUGCAGAUAAAGUUUCAUCUGUGGAUCAGGUAGCAGAUUUACUAGAAAUUAAUGUGGGCAAUGUUAAAAUCACAGAAGAUGUUGAGGAUCUUGUACAUGAUUUGGAAAGCCUACUGGGUGAAUCUACUGACUCCUUCAUACUUCCAGUUAAGGCUGUUGAAAUGAAACCUGAAGGAAAAGCAAGUGUGAAUGAUCCUGGUCCUCAAUACAGUGUAGAAGUUUGCCCACAACUGAAAUCAACCAAGAAUGCAGAUGAUGCUGACAUCGUUGGACUUGAGAAAUCAGUAUCUCAUGAUAUUGUUGAAAAAAUAUCAGAGACUGUGAAAAAAUGCGAAUCGUCGAGCCCUGAGAGGUUAGAAUUGGAAGAGAAAACACAUACCACUACAAUCGUGGCAGAAAUAUCACAUCAUCAAGAUACAGUUGUUGAUAGUGAAGAAGCACAGUCUGAAGUACAGAGUACUAUACUUACUGAGAUAUCAGUGCAAAGUUCCGAUGUUGCGCAAGAAUACAGUGUUGUAGUUGAACAGACCCAGGAUGAUGUUAUUAUAACUGAGCCUUGUCAAGCCACCUUGAUUGAAGAUCAUCUUAAAGCAGAAUCCACUGAAUCAAAAGUUGAUGAAGUAUCAGUAAUUAGUGAUGUAUCUUCAGUGAAAGAAACAAAAUCACUAACAAACGAAGAAGAAUCUACGAAAUCACCUAAAAACAUCAAACCUGAUAAUGCAUUUGGUCAACAAAGCGAAUCUCAACCAGCUGGUGAUAUUUCUGAACAAUUGACUCCAAAAGAACUUAUAGAGGAGGGAAUUAUUCAGAGGGCAAAAAAAGUAGACAUAGAAGAGGAGAAUGUUCAAAGUUCAUCGAUAAAAGCUAAUAUGGAAGAGAAGAUUGUCAAAAGUACAUCAGGAAAAGUUGACGCCUUGAAAGUAGAAGCUGGUACAUCGGAUAUAAAUAAGGUCUCAUCUGAAACUACUGUGAUCGAUGUCCAUAAUGAAAUCAGUUCUGUGAACCGAAUAGAAAAGGGACCAGUUGAGGUUGAAGAAAAAUUAUUGUCAUCAGAAAAAUUACCAGAUAGCAUACAGUCUUCAUCAGCAGAAAUAUAUUCUGAAGAGAUACUUGAAGCUACUUCGAUUGAUCCAAAACUGUCUGAAAAAGGCCAAGAACUAACAAUGGAGAUUCAAGAAAGGAACCUAGAAGAACCUAGUGUAGUUAUCCAGUUGGAAUCAGAUAUAGAAGACAAAACUUCCACAGAUGACGUUAUUGUAGAAUAUGUAUGUGAGGAAGUUGGAAAUCAGACUCAAAUGGGAGAUACUGAACAAUUAAAAGUUAGUGAAGGCAUACCCACUUCAGAGAAACAUGAGUGUAGUGAAGGUCAUGAGGUGGACAAAUAUGAAAACAGAGUAAACAUAACUGAAAUGAAGGAAGAAUCUUUAGUUGUUGCUGAAACAAUUAAAGGAAAUGUGGAUUGUCCAACUCUUGGUGAGGAAAAUAUAUUGGAAAUUCAGGAAAGUAUUCCUGAACUUCCUUCUGAAAGUUUACCAUCAGCAGAUUCAAAUGAUUUUUCAGUUAAUCAAGUUUCUGUUGUGAGUGACCAAGAAGAAAUAAUUUCAGAUAUGAAAGAAAACAGUUUGAAUGAAAGAUCUGACGAAAAUUCAGAAACUAAUAUUACUGAAGUUGGUUCAGAGGCAUCAGAAUCUGUAGUGAAUGAACAAAUUGAUGAAGGAAUUUCCUCCCAGGAAAAAAAUAUGGAAACAACAGACAAAACUGAAGAUAUUGAAUCAGCAUCAAAAAUAUCAAUAUCUGUGACACAACAAAUUGAUGACAUAAAGUCGCAAGAAGAUUUUACAGAUAAAUCAGUCAAAACAGUUACUGAUGAUAUUCAUUUUGCCACAUCUGGAAAACCUAUGCAAGAAGAUUCACACAAAGAAGAUGUUCAGAAUCCAUUUAUUUGUAUAACUAAAGGAAAUGAUGGAGAGGAGCAAAAUAGAUCUAGUGCUACGGGCGGUACUGAGAAGCAAAAUGAAUUGGAUGAAACUAUGGCUUCGAUGAUACCACAGUUGGUAUCAGGGUCGAAUCCAAAUGAUAACAUGGAUUCAGAAACUGUGUUGGAUCAACCUCGCAAAACAGCUGCGGCUGAGGAGUUAAAUGAAGAACAAACAAUUGGACGGGAACUCACUACUAAACAAGGAUUCCUCUCUGAACCCGAAGUUGAUGUGGGUUUAGCAGUUGAUAAAAAAUUAGAGGAAAAUCCGUCUAAACUAGUUGAAGUCUCUGUAUUUGCAAAUACCCUGGAAUUAAAUGAGAUGGUAGACGUGAAAGUUUAUUCAAAAGAUAGGUUAUCAGGAGGUAAAGAAGAUCUAACUAUUGAUGUGGAAAACAAAGCUUCUGAUGUUGCCGAGGUUAUUGAGGAACAAACUUCUAUAAUGAAACAAGUAACUUCUUUGCAUUCAAAAGAUAUGUCAUCAAGAGAAAAAGAUGUUCUAUCUGUAUACGUGGAUUCAACAGCAGUAGAUGCUAUUGAAGUGGACAGCAAGGUUUCCAAUCUUCCCGAGGUAAUUGAGGAAAAUACUUCUAUUGAGGAACCAGUAACUUUUUUGCAUUCGAGAAAUAUUACAUCAGAUCUAUCUGUUCAUUUUGAUUCCGCAGCAGAUGCUAUAGAAGUAGGCAGCAAGGUUUCUGAUGUUGCCGAAGUGAUUGAGGACCAAACUUCUGUUGGGGAACCAGUAACUUCUGUUGAGGAAUCAGUAACUUCUGUUGAGGAACAAGUAACUUCUAUUGAUGAACAAAUAACUGCUAUUGAGGAACCAGUAACUUCUUUUCUUCCAAAAGAUAUAUUACCAGAAGAAAAAGAUAAUUUAUCUGAUUAUGUGGAAUCAGCAGUAGAUGCUAUUGAAGAGGACAGCGCAGUUUCUGAUGUUGCCAAAGUGAUUGAGGAGCAAACUUCUGUUGGAAAACCAGUAACUUCUGUUGAGGAAUCAAUAACUUCUAUUGAGGAACCAGUAACUUCUAUUGAUGAACAAGUAACUUCUGUUGAGGAACCAGUAACUUCUUUUGAGGAACCAGUAACUUCUGUUGAGGAACCAGCAACUUCUUUGCAUUCAAAAGAUAUGUCAUCAGAAGAAAAUGAUUCAGCAGUAGGUGUUAUCGAAAAGGAUAGCAAAGUUUCUGAUGUCACUGAAGUUAUCCUGAAAGAAAACUCUAUUGAAGAACCAGUCACUUCUUUGCAUACAAAUGACAUCACAUUAGAAGAAAAAGUAGACAGCAAAGUUUCUGAUACUGCCAAAGCAAUUGAGGAGGAAACUUCUGUUGAGGAACCAUUAACUUCUGUUGAGGAACCAGUAGUUUCUGUUGAGGAACCAUUAACAUCUUCUCAUCCAAAAGAUAUGUUAUCAGAAGAAAAGGAUUCAGCAGUAGAUGCUAUUGAAAUAGACAGCAAAGUUUCUGAUGUUACUGAAUUGAUUCUGGAACAAACUUCUAUCGAAGAACCAGUCACCUCUUUGAAUUCAAAAGAUAUGUCAUCAGAAGAAGAAGAAGCAAAUAAUCUUUCUGUUCGUGUGGAUACCGCAAUCGAAGCAAUACAAGCAGGGAGUAAAGUUUCUGAUGUUGCGGAGCUGAUUGUGGAACAAGAAUCAGUUAAGGACCAAGUAAUUUCUUUACAGAAAAAGGUCGCAAAAGAAACAAAUGAUCUAUAUACUGAAUCAACAUGUGAUAUGAAUGAAGAAUACAUGAACAGUUUGAAAGUUAUUCCAUCUCCGACAGAACGAGAGGAGAACCCAAUCACUUCAGUAAAUACAAUAGUUAAUAGUAUUGUAGACAAAGAACCUGUUGAAAUGAUCAUAGAAACAAAAAAAAAUAUUGCCACUAUUUCAGAAAAAUAUUCAGAAGUAGGUUGUAAUGAAACUGUGGAGAAAAUCACAGAGGCAGAAGUGGCAAAGUGUGCAAAUGAUGCAGAAGUAACUGAAAAUGCCGGUUUGGAAAUUCAAAAUGAUGGAUCCAUAACUGUAGAACUGCCUGUAGUAGAUGAAGAGCCAAUGACAAAUCAAAAUUCACCAGAGGCCAUUCUUGCUUCUCAGGAAGAUAUCAAACAUGCUGAUACCAUUGAAAUUGUAUCUGAGAUCUGCGAUUCUGAUGAUAAAGUUUCAACAGUGCAGCUUGAAGGUAAUUCAUCACUUGCAAAAAUUGAUGCAUUCAACAAAAUUACUGAAGAUGUAACAUCGAUUGAAAAAGUGUGUCAUACUAUCACUGAAGGAUAUGAUGCUUCAAAUGAAAUUAUUCCUCUUGGAAUACCUCCUGCUGAAAUGAUUGAAGAUUAUAAAUCUCCUGCUGUUGAGACUGUUCAGAUAGAAGAUUUGUUAUCAGUUGAAACCAAAAAAACAACUAUUACUGAAAGUUUAAAAAAACAGCACAAAGUGAAUGAUUUGGAGUUUGCUCCUCUAGUGCUUUCUGAAGAUGAUUCUGAUGAUGAAUCUGUACCAACUUUAGUAUUGGACUCUGAUGAACGAAAUGAAUCUUCAAAUGUAAUAUCUAAUGAAGUCAUUGAAGAAAAUAUCGUAGAUGAGGAACCAUUGGCAUCAAUUGAUGAGGCCCUUAUGGGGAAACCAACAUUUGAAGAAACUCCUACUAGUUCUGUUGAAAUACAAGCAAAUUUAGAAACAAUUUUAGCAGUUGCAGCAUUGCAGAAGAUUGAUAUUCCGACAGAGCCUGAACGGGAAUCGAUGCUCAGUGACAACGAACGUAGAGAAAUGGAGGCACUACAAAGGGCAGUAGAGAGUAUUACUAACCCCUUGGAAAGUCCAUAUGUAGAGGACGCUAAUGACUCCUUGAAUAUGCCUGCAAUGAUUGAUGGAGAAUCAGAUAUCAUGGAAGGAGCUGUAGAUGAGAAUAUGUAUGCAUUAGAACAGAGUGCCCAAAAGUGUUCACCAACUGCUGAAGAACAUAGUUCUCAAUAUAACAUUCCAGCCAAUGUCGAAACUUCUGAUGUUGAUCUAUCCAUGGCAAUAUCUGAAAGUAAUAAUGAAACUGUGCAAGAAGUAGAAAACUUUUCAGUAUCACAAGUUGAAGUAGAUGUUUCAAAUCUUCCUAGUGCUGAACAGGUUCAAAAUGAAGAAGAUAGUUCUCAAUAUGACAUUCCAGCAAAUGUCGAAACUUCUGAUGUUGAUCAAUCCACGGCAGUAUCAGAAAGUAAUAUUGAAACUGUGCAAGAAGUAGAAGACUUUUCACUUUUACAAGAUGAAGAUGUUCCAAAUCUUCCUAGUGCUGAGCAGGUUCAAAAUGAAGGAGAUAGUUCUCGAUAUGACAUUCCAGCAAAUGUGGAAAGUUCCAAUGUUGAUAUCUCCAUGGCAGUAUCAGAAAGUAAUAUUGAAACUGUGCAAGAAGUAGAAGAAUCUUCAGUGUCACAAGAUAAAGUAGAUGUUCCAAAUCUUCCUAGUGUUGAACAGGUUCAAAAUGAAGAAGAUAGUUCUCAAUAUGACAUUCCAGCAAAUGCCGAAACUUCUGAUGUUGAUAUAUCCACAGCAGUAUCAGAAAGUGAUAUUGAAACUGUUCAUGAAUUAAAAGACUUUUCAGUAUCACAAAAUGAAGUAGAUGUUCCGACUCUGUCUGAUGUUGAACAGGUUCAAAAUGACAAAAUGCAGACUAUUUUGACAUUUGGAGAAACAAAAGAACUUGGUCGAGAUGUUGAAAAUCAGGAGGAGUCACAAUCUCUGAGAGAGAAGUGUGAAGUUGAUCCAAAAUUUCCAGAUGUAACAAAUUCUUCACAACUUCUGGAUUCGUCUGACAUUGAGAAGUCCAAAGAUGAAGAUUCACAUCAUUCCAGUUCUUCAAAAAUAGAAUCUAUCACAGCUGCUGUGGAAGAGGUAAAUAAAGUAAAUCAUUUGGAAAACCAUACUGUAGAAGACAUUCAGGAAGUCAUUAAUAAUAUAAAGCCAGAAACACUUCCAGAAUGUAAUACAUCUGAAAAAAGCACGUCUUUGAUAGUUGAAGAAGAAGUCGUUGUCGAAGAAGUUGUCACAGAAAUGAAAGAAGCAAAUGUUGAGAAGAGUGAACAACUAUCAGGUUCCAAAGAACCUGAACAAGAAACUUCAGUUGAUUCUUCCGGCAUCAUCUCAGAAACUGUUGAAGUUCAACCAGCUAAAGAAAAAGAUGCAAAACUCAAGACAACUGAAAGACCAAGAAGGCACAAGAAAGAAAAUAAACUAGAACAACUCAGUAUAAAUGUUGAUGUACCAGAUGGGGAAAAAACAUACAGUCCAAAAGUCAGCAUCAAACCUAUAAGAGUUCCUGAUGAUGAAGUCAGUACCACAUGUGGCUCAGAUUCCGAUAUUGUAAAGGGUAGUUUGAAAAUCACUAUCACAAAACAAUCCGAUAAAAUGCACUCGGUUUUGAAGGUAGUUGACUCAGAUAAUCAGGAUAAUCACUUGACCGAACAAGAAGAGCCCAUACCCAAGCUGAUCAUAAAAUCAAAAAUGCAACAGGUUGACCCACAACACAGCCCAAAGAUGUCCACUAGAAGUUCUAAGCAAAGCUACUCACCUACUACUUCCAACCAAAGAUCUUUGAGUCCUAGAAUCACCAUUAAGCCAGUGCUGAAACCAGAAAAUAAAGAACCGUUGAGUCCUCUCAAGAUUAAAAUAGGGCUCAAGCCUGAUGAAGCUUCAAAGAAGAAAGUUUCUAUCAAACCAAUUUUGAAGUCUGAUGAUGUAGAGUCUCGAGUUGAACAUAGCCCAAGAAUCACUAUAAAGCCCAUUCCUAAGCCUGAAGUGGAGCUGAUUCCAAGGCUGAAUAUUAAGCCCAUCAAGAAACAAGAGGAUGAGCUUGAGGAGAAGGAAAGAUCUAGCCCGAAGAUAACCAUUAAGCCUAUUGUCAAGGCUCAAGAGGAAUCUCAAUCGAAUGAGGACGAAGACCCUAUCAAAGAACGGAUCGUCCUGAAAAUAAAUAAAGGCAACCUCCCAGCCGCCACGAAAGACGGGAAGAAGCGCGACCACCAGCCGGAAGAAGAUAAGUCCGAGAAACUCGCCAAAAUCACAGUGAAGUUCUCUAAAGAAGGUGGCCAUCCUCACAUUGUGCAGCAAGUAGAGGAAGGAUCAAAGAGGCCCUAUGAGGAACAUGGGGUGCAGGAGAAAAGCAAGAAACAGAAAGUCGAGGUGGAAUCGAUAAUAUCUACUAGGUCAAGACACAAGGAACAAGUUCAAGCAGAAGGAAACGACGCCAAAUCCAAGAAAGACACGGAAAAUCCGCACAAACACAAAGACGCGUCACACGACUACCAUGUCGAAACGAAACGUGCGAAAAAAGACGACAACAUUGGACGUUCUCGACGAUCCUCCUCGCGCACAAGACAAAAAGACGUCGACAAUUCCGAUGAGAUCCAAAUCAUAGAACCGAAAUUGAACUCCCCCAUAGUCAUCAGCGAAGAUUCCAGGUCGCAAGACAGCAGCGUGAUCAUCCUGGACGAUUACAAGGAGGAUUCCGCUUCUGACCUAUCCCUGCUGGGCAUCAAUCCUGACAGUUUGAAAGGGACACCGGUGAGAUCGGAUUCUGGUCUAUCUGUUCAUUCGGCAUCUUCCACUACGCCUAGUCCGAGGAAAAGAGGAAGGCCAAGAAAGGUGCCAGUGGAAAUCCGCGAAGAAUUCAAGGAACACGAAGAACCGCCGUCCAAAACGAAGCCGCCAGCAGAAAUCAUCGUGGCUCAUGUCGCCCAGCCUGUUGCCCAACUUGUUGCGCAACCCGUUCACGAAUCGGGCAGGCCGAAACGCAGCUGCGUCGGCCAAUCGGUGUGCGACACGCUGGGUAUCAAGCCGAGGAAGCCGAGGGGACCGGGCAGAGGCAGGGGCGGCAAGCGAGGGAUGGGCGGCCGGGCGGCGUUAAGCAAGGAAACCACGACAGUUUCCCCAUUCGCAAGUAUCCGAGGAGAAUAUCUACAAGCUGAAUCACAAGAGGCAAUAGACCCAGAAGGUAAAAGCCACUCACAGGAGGAAACAGAAUUAAGACAAGUUGAUGGUAUAGUAGGGGACAAAGACCUAACCAUAUUGAUCGAUGAUAGUGAUGACGUAAUACUUGUAGUAGAACCGGACGUGGUAGAAGUAAAGGCUACCCCCUCCACUAGGGGUGGCAAGAAGAAAUAUAAAUCCAGAGGAAAGAGGAGGUCCCUGGAUUGCUCUAAUAGAGAGGUUCUGGCUUCAACUUCGAAUCUACUAGCUAGUUCACCUCAAGCGGUAUCAAAAUACGUUCAAGAACCUGACAUAUCCAAUGAAGUUUCCCAGAAAUCGGAAGUAUGUUUCGAAAGGUCUCCGGAUAGAGUGAUACAUCCCGUGGUAUCUACCGAAGAAUCUUCCAAACAUACCCUAAUAAAUGAUGCGAAAUGCUCUGCUUUACCAGAUGAAAAAGAAGAGUCAGUUGCUGUUUCUUCAACAGUCGAUGAAGAAACUAUCAAAGACCCUCGGAUAGAAUCAGAGGAAGUUAUCGAUAAUAAUACAUCUGUAGCUGUGGAGGAACUGCUACCUGCCGAAGAAAUUAUUGUUCCAGAAGGGAAUAAUCAACACGGGGAUGAGAAAUCUGUAGAGGUGGAUUCUACCGCGGUUGUGUUGGAUGAAAUAACUCCAGAGAUAGAAGAAGAAACUCCACAUUCUGGUCCAUCACAAGCAGACUCUAAUACUCCUAAGGUUUUCUCCAGUUUAGGUUCUCCGGUGACUGCAGACCAAGGAAUGCCCGCAUCAAUCUUACCACUACUGGAACCAUCUGAGACAACAACCAAUCUGGAUCUACCGCUGGUCACAAGUAGUACUGUGCCAUCCGAAGUGAUGAUGGUUGAUGAGGAGACUCGGAUGAGUGCAGAUACUAGUAGCAGAGCACAAACGCCAGCCAAACAGAUGUUGGCUCCAUCAGAAAUGGUGGUUGAAGAAUCUCAGAGUUCAGUCCACAGUACUGGUACGACAGAAAGUGGUAAAACGCCAUCUUCUCGUCCCAGCAAGGCACCGCGUUUGGAGGUUCAAGAAACAGAGACCGAUGUUAUAACUGCCGAUCUUCUAACUGAAUAUUAUUGGAAUGGAAAUGGUCCUUUCAUGAUACAGGAACAGGUCGCUCAAUUCCUCGGCAUCAAAUCCUUCAAACGCAAAUACCCGAACAUUCCGCGCCGCAUCCUCGACAUGCAAGAACGCGACUUCGUCCGCGAAAAAGGCCUCGUGUCGGAGAACAUGUGUGACCUGGGCCUGACGUCGGUCAACAGCGCCGACAUACUCGACAUAAUGUACUCGGACUUCCAAGAGAAGUACGAGGAGUACUGCAAGCACCUCAGGGACAAGCAGGCGAAGGAGCUGAUCACGAAGCAGCGGGCGCUCUCGUUGGCUGCCAGCCAGGAGAAGAACAAGGCAGAUAUUUUGAAGCAGGCCGUGCAGUCUGCGGCGCUGUGGAAUGCCAGGUUCAACAAGAAUAGAAAAGAUGACCGACGAGCUUGCAUGGACUUACAAACCCUAACUGUUCACUACCCCAAAGGACGGAUGAAGCAAAUCAACAAACCCCCGGUCGGAAAUUAUCCUGUUGCAGUCGUGCCUGGGCAAUAUACAGAUUACUUUGAGGAUUUCACUCCAACUGAAAUAAACAACUUACCCCUCCACACGAUGUGCUACGAAAAUAUCAGUUUCAUUCCUCGAGAUGAUUCGGAGGAUUCUGGAUCAGAAAGCUCGGACUCAGGCUCGGGAUCGUCAGACUCCUCUUCUUCCGGCUCUGAUUCUGAUUCGUCUUCUGGCGUUGACGAUUGCAAAUUGUGCAAGCACAGUCCCAGUAAGAAAGCUAAUAUUAAGUGAAAUAUUUAUUAUCGUAUCAGUGUAAUUCCAACAAUAUAGAUUAAUUUUUAAUGUAAGUUUGACAUGUUAGGAUGACGAAUCUCGGUUUUCCGACUUAUUCAUGUAUAUACGAUUUUUUUAUUUAAUGUUAACGCUGAAAGAUGGUACACUAUUGAUGUUCCUUUAUAAUAAAAUAUUUAUAAUGGAUCAAUGUAGUUGUUUCCACUUAAUUUUAUGAACUACAA